AUGAUUUUUCAAUAACUAAAAAUUACUUUACCUCCAAUUGGUGCUUAAGAAAUCGAAUAAUCAAUAUAGAAAAGAAUGGGAGACUGUUUAGAGACAUAAUUAGGUUUUGAAUAUGAGCCUUUCACGUUUCAAUAUUUAGAAUUACACCCCGAUUUGGUUACUAUUAAAAAUCAAGUAUACAAACUUAUAGUUAUAUAUGCAGAAAAUCGAACAUCAUCAGAUUGAGGACUAAUAACAUGUAUAAACAGCACUAGGAUGCUUUAGUAAAGAAAAUAAGAUACGCUUAUACUUAAGUGAAAACAUCCAUGUUUUGCAACGAUUAGUGAUAAUAAUGGUCAUUGUAAAUACUAUAGCAUUCUGUUUAUAUGACUAUUAAAUUAGAGAGAGUGGAAAUAAUCUAAGUUACAGGAACAUAGCUUCAAUAAUAAUUGAAACAAUAUGCAAUGUUUUUUUUGGGAUUGAAAUAAUAAUUCAGUGUAUUUGUUAUGGAGCAAUUUUGGGAAAGGGAACAUAUUUAAGAAAUAUUUGGAGCUGUUUGAAUUUUCUGACUUUUGUUUGUACAUGGUCUAUUUAUUUAGAUUAGUCAAAUACAUUCAUUUAAUUGUUAAGAGUUAUUCGUUUAUUAAGAUUAGUGAGACUUCUAUAGGAGAUUCAUUAUUUUAGAGAACAAGUAGAAACUUUUUUUUCAUGUUUUUUGACAAUUCAUACAAUUAUAAUUCCAUUAGUGAUAGUAAUUUUUGGAUUUUCCAUAAUUGGAUUGCAUUUGCUUAGAGGAGUAACAGGACGUAGAUGCUCUAAAGAUGGAAUCAUUGAUUUAAGCAUUAGAAAUUUAUGUGGUGAAUGGUAAUGUCCUGAUGGGUAUAUAUAUUUCAAUAUAAAGUUAUGAGUGUAUUGACAAUUAUCAUUCUGAAGACUUAAAUUAUUUAGACUUUUAUUAUGGUUACUAUAAUUUUGAUACUAUAUAUGAUUCAUUUCUAAGUGGAUAUAUGUUUUUUAAUGCUACAGGUUGGUCUCCUACAACUUUCUAUUUUUGGAAAGCUGUAACUCCUCCUGCUACUGCAAUUUAUUUCAUAUUUAUGCUUUUCAUUUUGUAUUUGAAUUAUUUAAUUUAGACACUAUACUUUAUCUGAUUUAUUAUUAGCUUCUUUAUAUGAAUCGUUUGUUAUUAGUAGUGCCAUUAAAAAUAGUAUCAAAUCUAAUAAAUCUGAAUUAUUUACUUAAAGAAGAAGAACAGUUACUUUAGUUAAUAAUUAAAACAAAGCUUAGAUUAACUUUCACAAAUUACAUAUGAUUACUUAAAUUUCAUCUUAAAAUAGAACAAAUCUUGUAACUCCUGCUGAAAUAUUAAGGAAUGAAACGAUAAAAUAAAAAGAUGAAUCUUGGAUUAUUACAAGAAUCAAAUAAUUUGAUUAAAUUUUCAUCGUUGCAUCAACAAUCAUAUUAUGUUUGGAUUAAGUAGAAAAGCGGCAUCCUAAGGAGUAUUAUGCAGAUAUGGUUAUGAAUUUCUUUUUAAUUAUUUUAACUAUUUUAAAAUUGAUUUUUUUUAAGAAAUCAAGGAAAAAAUUAUAUAUCAUUGUAGAUGUAAUCUUAUCACUUGCUUUAAUAAUAGUCAUUAUUUUAGAAUUUUUAAGCUUUUAAAGCAAUGUAUUUAUAGUUAUAAAAGCAUUUAAAGCUUUUAGAUUAAUAAAAUUAAUUUAUAAAUUAGAAUACUUUGGAGUUAUUAGAUUAUUACUUAGAUGUCUAAUUGAAACAAUAAUCAAAAUUAGACAUCUUAUUAUAUUAUGGGUUAUCUUUGCAUUUUUAAUUUCAAUUAUUGGUUAAGAAUUGUUUGCUCAUUAUGUUAAAAGAACAGAUGAGAUUGAAAUUCAUUUUAAUGGUAUUGGAAAUUCAUUAAUGGCUGUAUUUAAUAUUUUUUAUGCAGAAGAAUGGCAUGUAACUAUGUAUUAACAUGCACUAUAUAAACCUGCUUCAUCUUUUAUUUUUUUUUUGAUAGUAUUUACUUUAUCACAUACUCUUUUUAUGAGGUUAUUAAGAGCUUUAUUUUUAAAUGAAUUUGGAAAGAAAUUGAAUGAAUUAGAUCAAAAAUACCCACAAACAGAUUAUUUAUAAAGAGGAUGGUAGUUUAUAAAAAAAUAAUGUUUCUAGUAAGAAUCUACAACUUCGUAAUCAUAAUCUUAAAAUGAAGAUGAUUCAAAAGCUCCUCUUUAAGAUAUUAAUCCAAAUGGAACUAAACUUAAAAAUAAUGCUAUUUAAAUAAAUGUUUCAAAAUAUUAAAGAAUAGUAGAAAAUAAAUUAUUUAGAAUUUUUAUUCUAGUUGUUGUAACUUUAAGUGCAGUGAAAAGUGCAGUAUAAAACCCAUUAACAGAUCCAGAAAGUGAAGAGAAGGUAAUUAAUCUAUUAAUUUUAGAUGAUACUAGACAUAAUACAAUAUAUUACAACUGUAAUCUUUAUGAUAGAAUUGGUUUUGAAUUGUUUAGCUUAUGGAAUAGUAAAAUUCAUAAAUUAAUCAUUUCUAAACAUCAUAUCAAUAAUUAAUAUAAUCGUGAAUUUUAUAUCAAUAGGAUUAGGCAAUCCUGCUUUGUUUAUUUUAACUCUUUUUGACUCUCUAAGAGUAUUGGCAUUUUUAAAAACUGGGGCUGAUUAAUAUCCAAUAUUAAAAUAAGCUCUUCAAGCUUUAUUUAAUGCAUUUACUAAGAUGAUUUAAUUAGCACUAUUUAGCCUUCUAAUUUUAUUAAUGUACAGUAUUAUAGGUAUGUAAUUACUUAAUGAUGAAUUCUAUUAUUGCAGCUUUCCUGAAGGUAAUUCAGCAGAUGCUCAUUUAAAAUCAAAAAUCGAUUGUUUUGAUUUAGGAGGAAAUUGGAUUAAUAGAACUCUAAACUUUGAUAGUUUAUUUUAAUCAAUAAAUAUUUUAUUUUGUGUAGCAACUUCAGAAGAAUGGAUUCCAUUGAUGAUACCUGCAUGGUCAGCUUCAGGGAUAGACCAUUAACCACAUCAUGAUACAAAUCGAUAUUGGUCAAUUUAUUAUUAAAUGUUUUUCUUUAUUGGAAACACCUUAGUUUUGGGAAUGUUUGUAACUUUAGUAGUUGAAACUUAUAUAAAAACAAGAGAAGAAUCAUGUAAUGAUAUUUUAUGUAUUUAUUAUAGAAAAUCUCCACUUGUUAGAUGACAAAUAAAGAGAAUGGUUUUAGAUUAAGGAAUAAAUAUUACAUUUAAAGCCAAAGAAGAAAUUUAAACCUCCCACUAAUUUGCUAUUGAAUGCUUUAUAUAGAUUAUAUUAGUUUCUAUAGAUCCCAUUUUUAAUUGUAAUCCUAAGCAAUAUCAUUAUCCUUAGUUUAUACUACGCAAGAAUGGAUAAUGAAUUUGAAUAAGCUUUAGAUACAACUAAUCAAGUGUUUAUCUUUAUUCAACUUAUUGAAAUACUUAUAAGUAUUGUUUAGGUAACUGAUUACACAUUUAAGAUAUAUGAAAUUUGUGGGAUUAUUUUAAGUGUAGUUUCUAGUUUUUUAGAUUAUCAUAUUCUUCAUGUUGUAGCAGUUGCAUUUUAAGUAACUAGGAUAUAUAAACUAACUUAACACUUCAAAACAAUAUAACAUCUAUUUCAUGCAAUAUUUGCUGUCUUACCAAAUACAGCAUCAAUGCUUCUAAUAAUGUUAGUAGUAUUAUAUUGUUAUACAAUUGUUUCUUGUGAUUUAUUCGCUUAUUUACGUCCCUAACAAGCAGUAAAUGGAUUUGAUAUGCACUUUAGGGAUUUCUGGGGGGCCCUUAUGACUUUAAUUAAAGUAUCAUCAGGUGAGAAAUGGUGGAUAGUUUUGUAAGAAACAGCUUUAUAGUAAUCACCUGCUGUAGCUUGCAUGAAUAUUGAAUCAUAUGCUGAAUUUUCAAUAGUAGGAUUUAAUGGAUGUGGAUCCAAUCUUACUUAUCCAUUUUUUAUUUCAUUCAUUCUUGUAUUUUCUCUAAUGAUCCUAAAUCUUUUGGUAGCAAAUAUUAUAGGAGCAUAUGAAUAAUAUCAUAAAAGUGAAUAGAGUGCAAUUUCUAAAUAUUAAUUAUUAGAUGUUAUGGAAUAGUGGGCAUAAUUUGAUGAAAAUGGAGAAGGUUUUAUAAGUUAUAAACUUUUUUGGAGAUUAUCAUCUUAAAUUGCCAUAAUUUUUGGUUUAGAAUAAUCAGAUUUACUAGAUGUCAAUAAUAAAAAGAAAUUCUUAAAGGCUUUGAAAAUUCCCAUUUAUGAACUAGUAGAUUCUAAUGUCCUUUGUUACAGGUUUCAUGAUGUGAUAGUUAGUUUGACUAGAAUUUCAGUUACUAUUAAAUAUGGAGUUGUCAAUUUAGAACCUGAAGACAAAGAUAUAUUUUCUAAGGUUUAUGGUAAUAAACAUUCCCAUAUUGAACCUAGAUUUAGAGAAACUCAAUUAAAUAGUGGAGAUAUGGUAUAUAUAUAAUUUUUAUAAAGGUUUCUAUUAUUUUUAUUUAACAGAAGUUUAGAGAAUGGAAGUAAAAAUCUCUUUUAAAAAAUACUAUCAUCUUAGGUGGAAUAGGAGAUUAUAGAAGUUUAAUUAAAAUCAAAUCUAAAACACUAAGUGAAAAAAUACAUGAGUAGAUGAACAAUGAAAAUUGA